CAUCUCUAAACAGCUGUUUUUGUAAAUUCGCAAUAGAUUCACAAGUUAGUUUAUUUAUAUUUUUAAAAUUCCUAAGUAAGCAGAGGGAUUAAAAUAUAAAAAUAUGUCAGAUGACCUGCCGGAGCAGUUUGACUUAGUUGUCAUUGGCACAGGCUUCACCGAAUCCUGCAUCGCAGCUGCGGCCAGUAGAGUUGGGAAAUCGGUGCUGCAUCUAGACAACAAUGAGUAUUACGGAGAUGUGUGGAGUUCCUUUAGCAUGGACGCUCUAUGUGCCCGUUUAGACCAGGAGGCCGAACCCUAUUCCACAUUGCGAAAUGCCAGGUAUACUUGGCACACCACGGAAAAGCAAUCUGAAGCAGAUGAUCAAUCUUGGAACAAGGACUCGAUCCUGGCUAAGUCUCGUCGCUUCAGCCUGGAUCUUUGCCCACGCAUCUUGUAUUCGGCCGGAGAGUUGGUGCAGUUGCUAAUUAAAUCGAACAUCUGCCGCUAUGCCGAAUUCCGAGCUGUGGACCAUGUAUGUAUGCGCCACAACGGUGAGAUUGUGUCUGUGCCUUGCUCCCGCAGUGAUGUCUUCAACACCAAGACGCUGACAAUCGUUGAGAAACGACUGCUAAUGAAGUUCCUCACAGCAUGCAAUGAUUACGGCGAAGACAAGUGCAAUGAGGAUUCGCUGGAGUUUCGUGGGCGAACGUUCCUAGAGUAUUUGCAGGCGCAGCGGGUGACCGAAAAGAUAUCGUCAUGCGUGAUGCAAGCCAUUGCCAUGUGUGGCCCCACCACCAGCUUCGAGGAGGGAAUGAAGCGCACGCAGCGAUUUCUGGGCAGUUUAGGCCGCUAUGGCAACACACCCUUCCUGUUUCCCAUGUAUGGGUGCGGGGAAUUACCUCAGUGCUUUUGCCGUUUGUGCGCUGUAUAUGGUGGCAUUUACUGCCUGAAGCGAGCUGUUGACGAUAUUGCCUUAGAUUCCAAUUCAAAUGAAUUCCUGCUUAGUAGCGCAGGAAAAACUUUGCGGGCAAAGAAUGUGGUUUCUGCUCCUGGAUAUCCACCGGUUUCAAAGGGCAUCGAGUUAAAGCCCCACAUAUCACGCGGCUUGUUCAUAUCAUCCAGUCCCUUGGGAAACGAAGAAUUAAACAAAGGAGGAGGUGGUGUCAAUCUUCUUCGGCUGCUUGAUAGUGACGCAGCACGAGAAGCCUUCUUAAUUCAACUGUCGCAUUACACUGGAGCCUGCCCCAAAGGAUUAUAUAUCUUCCAUUUGACGACACCCGCUUUGAGCGAGGACCCUGCCGCAGAUCUGUCUGUUUUUACUAGCCAACUUUUCGAUCAGUCAGACGCACAAAUAAUAUUUAGCUCAUAUUUCACCAUCGCUGUCCAGUCUAGUAAAAGUGCUGCUGCCGAGCACAUUUACUACACAGAUCCGCCCUCUUAUGAGCUGGAUUACGAUGCAGCCAUUGCUAAUGCUCGCCACAUAUUCGGCAAACUUUUCGCAGACGCAGACUUUUUGCCACGAGCCCCAGAUCCAGAAGAGAUUGUCGUCGAUGGCGAAGAUCCCAGUGCCUUAAACGAACAUAGUUUGCCCGAGGAUUUGCGGGCACAGCUUCAUGAUAUGCAGCAGGCGACUCAGGAAAUGGAUAUACAAGACUAGAUGUAAUGCAGUUAAAUUAGAAAAGGGACAUUCUUAGUCUCCAUAUAUCAUACGACGGGAGCAGAUAAUUUUCUUAAAGUUCUUACGUGAAAUUUUUAAAAACUUAAUAUAAAAAAGAAAGUUUAAUAUAUUAUACACAAUAUUUUGCUUCAUAUAUUCCUAUAUAUUUAUUAUGUAAAUUAUUUAUAAUUUCUAAAAGUACUAGGUAUAUAUAAAUGUUUAUAUGUGAGUGCUUCUGUGCAUUUUGCUUUGAGAAAUAUACUUUCGAAAAAUAUGCAUUCCAAUGCGU